UCUAACUGGUGGAUGGGCAGAGAGGGCGAGGAGGAGGAGGAGGAGGAGUUGCUAAUAUCACUCCGAAGGGCUGGUCUGCCACUGUUCCUUUCUUUCUUUUUUCUUUUCUUUCUCUUUCCCUUUUCUCUUUUCUUCUUCUUCUUCUUCUUCUUUUUUUUUCAAUUCCUUCUUAUCCUGCUUCUUCUUCUGUCGUUUUCUUCCGGCUCUGAGGAACGUCCGGAGUAG